AUGACUUCGCUUAAUACCCCGCCGGUACUUGAGCGGAAGAACUCUAGCAGGAUGUCUCUCUUCAAUCUAUUCAGUAAGCCCAAGGUGGAGAGGGCGAGAGGUCACAUAGAGGUUGGCCUUGCUGUCCCAAUGCAACCGCAGGAACCACCUAGACCAGCGUCACCACCGAAAUCUUCACUCCGACAUAAUCCCCCACCUCAGGCCCAACAAGUGCACCGAAUGCGAUCGAGCCAAUUCCUCCGACCCAAGUCUAUGCGACCGGUCAGCAUUGCACAGCACCCUGGCGAUGACUGGGACCCUCCACCGCUUUUCCAAGCUUAUCCACAGUCGGUCAAGUUUGCAACAGUGCAAGCUUGCAUCUAUUCUCCGGAUGCGCUCAUCCGGACACAAAGCCAGCGAAGGCAGGCGGAACUGAUGCGUGAGCGAAUGGACAGCCACAGGGACCUGGCAACUACACUAGAGACUGCCUCCGAACAUAGGAAACUUGAGAAGACCCACAAACGCUUGGACUCCAUCCUGCAUUCUGCACCGCAGUUGACCAAUAAGAUCUACGUCUUGGUGACAUCUGGCCAUGUGUUGCAGUAUUCAGGCGAGGGCCCCUUCGAUCGACUUCCCGAAAAAGUACUCAGAUUGGGCAAGGAUUCCGCAGCAUUUGCUUCCGAUUUGAUACCCGGCAAGCAUUGGGUUCUACAGAUCCUACAAAGCGCGAACGAGGAUGGCACCGCAGGUGAAGGCCCAAAGCAUUCGCUCCUUCAACGACUUCGGUUAGGGGCUCCUGCAAGAAGAGAUGCAUCAAGCUUUCUGCUAGUAAUGGAAAGCGCCGAAGAAAUGGAGUCAUGGAUGACAACGGUACGAAGAGAGAUUGACAACCUCGGAGGCAAGAAGGCAAGCAGUGAGUCUAGCAGAAACUCUGCUUCGAUUGACGAAUCUCCGGGGAAAACUUGGACAGAACGUCCAUACCAACGGCCACCGAUCAAACGAGGAUCCAGUCGCUUGAGUACCAUCACUCCGGUUGACUCGCCCCUGCAAUCGCAGUAUUCGGAUUCUCCUAAGAUUGUCACGUCUGAAUGGGAGAAUGACCGCAAAGAGAAGACUGUAAGCAUUGUCGACUCUGCCAGCAUCCAGUCUUCUCUGCCAAGCCUGCACCGCCAGUCUGUCGAGGCACCUUCAAUCGCUACAAGCAGGGAUUCCCAUGAGCAAGUUCAACUCGAACAGCUUCUUGAGAGAUCGCGAUAUUCUUACAUGUCCACUGCAACUUCUGUAUCAGGUGCCGGUACUCGAAAUACAUCGCGAGACCCGUCACCAGCUCCACCGUCCCCUAUCACACAAGUUUCAACCCCAGUAGAUGCAGAGCCGCGCCGAAGCGAGACGUCUCUCAGGUCGUUUCAUAUGCAUCCGGGGAACAGCAGCACCCGCCGAAGAUCCAUGCAGCCUCUACCCGUCACCAAUGAAGAUAACUCUGUAUCCGCACAGAUUACGCGCACGCCUAAGCGCCACUCAAUCUAUGGACCGACUUCACCAACUGCGACUGAGCCAAGGAAGCUGAUUGACCCAAGGUCUAAACUGGAAGCUGGAACACCAUUAUCAGAUCUAAUAAUGCUCAACCCGACGAAACCUGCUCCUAUCUCUACGAGCAAUUUUCAGCCCAGGGCUUCUGUUCAGUCUCAGCAUGGCCUCCCUGUGCGAUAUACGCCAAGGAGCUCCAGUGCGCCUCCAGGAAGGAUGCUCAAUGCGAUAUCGCCACCACCGCAAGCUCCACUGCCAACCCCUCCGGCUCAGCGCCCUCAAUCGACGGUCAUUGGCAGCUUGACCAAUGCCGCUGCCGCUCUGCCACACCAUAUAGAGCGCCGCGUGUCAGCAACACCGAAGCCUUUCUUACGCCCCUUCCCAGUAAGGCCGCAAACCCAGAACGCUGAUGGAUCAGUCAUCGUACCACGCCGCACCUCUCUUACGCCCGGUAACAAGCCAGCUCGUCUUCCGCUCGGCGUUAAUGUGAAUCGUUCCGUUACGGAGCCUGCACGGCCUUCUUCCACCAUCACCAGCCCCGUUACACAAGCCCGUCAGACAAGUCCUUCACGAUCAUUCCAGAACACCCAACCAAUAGGACAGCCACUCCGCCGUCCAACAUCCGUGCAAAUCCGCUCCGAUCCCGCUCCGUUCCUCUCAUCCUCCCGGCCCAAUCGCGCUGUGUCCAGUACACCAUCUUUCGUACCAGGAAACCGUGCUGUCUCUAGCACACCCUCCUUUGUCCCUGGGAACCGCGCAUCCGCUGCGCCUGCGCCAACAACCCUGCUAAGCAAGAGUCCGAGCAUUCCUGUUCUCCGAGGCCAUGGACAGCAGCUCGCUCCCCCGAAGAACCUCGCCCCUAGACGCAGUAUGCCCGCCAUGGGUCUGCCACCGCCGGCUCCUCCCCCAAACAUGCCUCUGCCGCCUCCGCCUCCGGUCGAAGUGCCCCGGGCCUUAGUCGUCUGA